GGAUCUGUUGUUGGCUUUCUUUGUGCUGUGUUAUAGAUCCUCGUUGGUGCCAUGACCAGGAUAUGCUGCAUCUAUCAGCGUCAGUUGCAUCACGAACGGGUUCAACUUGCCAAGGAAAUUUAAUUCGGAAUCUUCUACAUUCUCUCUGAUCAUGGCAUCGACCAUUCUGCCUUUCUUAAUCUUGAUUUGGCUGACCAACGGCAACAGUAUGAUAGUAAGAGAAAAUGUAAUUUUUGAACAAUCCCAUGAAAUUUCAACCACACGAAGUCGCUGGCUUGUAACGAUGGUUAUCGAUUUGUCAGUUUAUGAUCAGUCCAUUGACAAACUAUAUUCCGCUCUGGAUGAAGUUAAUAGGAUAAAUAAUGUUCUUGUCAAAUUCUAUGAUGUUCCUCUUAAAGACAAACAUUUCCAAACAUUUAAAGGGUUAGAGUUAGAAAUAAUAAAUUUAAGAACUGCUCAAGACGCUGUUUAUAAUAAUUUCCAAAUUCUGAGUCCUUUACAUGAUCUUACGGGUUAUCGUCGUCGACGAUCACUCUUACCCAUUAUUGGUAAAGCUUUUAGUUUUCUAUUUGGAACAGUGUCGGAAGAUGAUUUACAGGGGAUACGUAACAAUAUAAAUAAUUUGGCCAAUAACCAACGAAAAAUUACUCACGUAAUACAAGAAAGCCUAACGUUAAUUAAUGGCACUCGACUUGCAGUGCGAGAAAAUCGACAAAAGAUCAAUGAAAUUUUAGGCGCGUUAGUAACUCUGUCGGACCAAUUGAAAAAUCUUACGACCGGUAUUGAAAAACAACUUCAUAAAUUAGAUUACUUUGUCAAUUCAUAUUUGCGAAUUAAUAGAGCCGUACAGGAAAUUCAAGUAAUGACUUCCGAAGUAAGAACUCAUGUCGAACAUUUGUAUAUUCAACUAAAUGCUCUUGCAAUCGGACAUUUGACACCAAGUAUAAUGGCUCCUCAUGAUUUAAAAGAUUUAUUACUUACCAUUAAAACUAAAUUACCCCGGACUUUGAGAUUACCUGGAAACCCAGAUGAAGAUUUAUGGUCCUUUUAUAAAUUUCUUACAUGUACAUCGACAACUGCGGAUAACAAACUGUUGAUUAUUUUAUCUAUCCCACUAUUAGACGCGCAGGAAACUUAUCAUGUUUACAAAAUUCAUAACAUACCCGCACUUAUGACAAAUCAAAGUAACUCCGUCAUUACAAAUGGCUGUUCUAUGGUUGCACAAUACAAGCUCGAAUCAAAUGCGAUUGCUAUCAAUACAGAGCGAACCCAAUACAUGUUGUUAUCUAACGAAGAAUUAAAAAGCUGUUCUAAUCCUUUAAUGGGGUUCUGUUUCGCGCGAAGUCCAGUUUAUAAGACUAGCAUUUCAAGAUUAUGUGUCACGGCGUUAUUUCUUCAAGAAGUUCAAAAAGUUCGAAAAUAUUGUAAAGUAAUGGUUCAGCUUAAGUCUGUAUUGCCCCGGGCAACUUAUUUAAAUAAUGGACAUUGGGUGGUAUCAACAUCAGAAAAAUUACAUUUCGUAAAGUUAUGUGGAGAAGGCAAAAAUACAUUAGCUACUGAUGUCAUUGUACGUCCUCCCAUCCAAAUUGUGAACCUUGAUCAGUCCUGUUCAGCCGUCACAAGUGCAAUGACAUUACCCCCUCAUUAUCACCAAGAAAGUAAAUAUAAUGCGACAAACCUUCUGACAACUUUCAUGCAAUCUUAUAACGUGUCUGCCAUCCAAUUAUGGAAACCUGUUCAUUCCAAUUUUGAUAAUUUAAACAAUAUAUCUAUUCCUGAAAAAUUAAAUGAUCUUGAAAUGGUUAGCAUGGACAAACUGGUUGAAGAAUUAAAACUGGUAAAUUCAGUACCCCCAUUAUUCGAUUUCUGGGGAUUACCUACUUGGGCAUAUGUAUUAAUGGGUGUAGCUUCUGCAAUAAUUAUAAUUGUAAUAAUCUUUGUCUAUUGUAAAAUAAAAAGGCGUUGGUCAGGUAAAUUGUGGCGAAAACAGGGCAGGGGCAGUGACAAGGGAGAGAAUGGAGAAGGAUUUCCUUUGGUGAUGAUUAACUCAUCUGGCGAUGUUGACGCUGGCAGAGGCAGCAAGCCGUCUGCACCAAUGGUGACUUCAGUAUAUAGCACAGGGACUGAUGACCCAGAUGCCAUCAGAAAAAUGUACCCGACAAUCAUUGGCGAGUAUGAACGCACUAAAGGUGACAAUUAACCUUAUGUAUUUUGUUUUGUUCUUUUGUAUAUAAUGUUCUUCUUCGGGAUUUGUAUUGUUAUAUUUAAAUAUUAUGUUACUACAUUCGUUCUACCCAAGUAGUGGAGGACCUCUCAUAUAAUUACUUACUGGUGGUAACGGGGACUUAAUUAUUAUUGAUUUUAUAAUGAUUCUUCUUUUAUGUAUAUCCAUGUAUGUUGAUGAUAUGAAUUAAUCUUAAUUCAUCUUUUUGCAGGGGACGGAUGUAACACAAUUGACCCCAUUUUUAAUUGUGUUUAAUUGUCAUAACAAUUAUGUACUAUUUAAUGACUUAAUAUUAAUUCCUAUGUUUUAGCUGUUUACCUGUACUCUUAUAGUAGUCUGUUUACCUGGACGCAUGAAUGACAGAGGUCAUUCGACCGUGCAGAGUGCAGCGCUUAGACAAGGACGUACUUGUACACGUGCCGGGGGCAACAGAGCAGAACCGUGAAGACCGCUACCUGGACGCCAAUCAAGGACACAGUUACUGGUGAACCAACACUCUUCUCGAUGAUCUACUCACUGACCAGGACGUUCUGACAAUUGUUGUCAUUCGAGUGUGGCUAAUUGACAGUUAAACUAAUUACUACACAUGGAUACUAUACAAAGACUGUGUAAACUUAUUUUAACGACUGGAUCUUUUAUGGACAGUUUACGAGCUUCAAAAGUAAUGACCACGUUAAUUCCCACGCAUCAGUGACAAGGGGGCGUUUCUAGUGACCGUAUAUACGAACUGACAUGGACAGAGUGAAGCAGUCCUCAACCCACCACCAGUGAGGAACGGUCUCCCUCUGUUGUUACACCCGGCUUCCCAAAGUGUUGUCUGACUUUUUAUUAUUAUAUUUUUCAUUACUCUUGUUCAGUGACUCUGACAUUCUAAAAGACUUUAAAUUAUUGUCAACAAUUAUUCUUUGAUUGUAAAAUCCUUAAUUGUUUUUCUUUAUUGUUUUUGCCUUAUUAUUGUAAUUAUUCAAUUACUAUAGUAUUUUUGUUAACUCUAUUAAAGUAGUAAUUUAAUUGGA